UCUCUUUCGCCAGUCAAUGGAGUCAAACGGUCACGCCGAAGGAGCCCAUCACCGCUUUAAAGGGGAUUUAUUAACCCGCAGCAGAGCUCCAGUCGCUGAUAAAGAGUAUUUAAACCUGAGCGGAGUCUUCUCGAGCUGAAUAUCCGCGUGGUUUGGAGCUGAUAAAGCGGUUAUUAAACCCCCAGGCCCGGGCAGGAGCCGGCCAGCUAACUAGGCCACGGUGGAAACACAGAACUGUUAUAAAAACUAAACUGUUAUUAAACCGGACUUUUAAUGGUUUCACUGUAACUCAGGGUUAAACUUUACACCAGGAACACUGCGGUUCUUCUAACUGAUCCCACACCAUGGCGGAACAGAAUGCAGUUGUCACGCAGCAGAAUCUGGACAGGAGCUGCUGGGUUUGCUUCGCCACAGACGAGGACGACCGCGCGGCGGAGUGGGUGCGUCCGUGCCGGUGCCGCGGCUCCACCAAGUGGGUGCACCAGGCCUGCCUGCAGCGCUGGGUGGACGAGAAGCAGCGCGGCAACAGCACGGCACGCGUGGCCUGCCCCCAGUGCAACGCUGAAUACCUCAUCGUCUUCCCCAAACUAGGUCCGGUGGUUUACGUGCUGGAUCUGGCUGACCGGCUCAUCUCCAAGGCCGGGCCCUUCGCUGCCGCCGGCAUCAUGGUGGGAUCAAUCUACUGGACGGCCGUCACCUACGGAGCCGUCACCGUCAUGCAGGUGGUGGGCCACAAGGAGGGCCUGGACGUGAUGGAGCGGGCCGACCCGCUGUUCCUGCUCAUCGGCCUGCCCACCAUCCCCGUCAUGCUCAUCCUGGGGAAGAUGGUCCGCUGGGAGGAUUACGUGCUGCGUCUGUGGAGGAAAUACUCCAACAAGCUGCAGAUCCUCAACAGCAUCUUCCCAGGGAUCGGGUGUCCGGUCCCCCGGAUCCCGGCCGAGGCCAGUCCCCUGGCCGACCACGUCUCCGCCACCAGGAUUCUCUGCGGAGCGCUCGUCUUCCCCACCAUCGCCACCAUCGUGGGGAAGCUGAUGUUCAGCAGCGUCAACUCCAACCUGCAGAGAACCAUCCUGGGAGGCAUCGCCUUCGUGGCGAUCAAAGGAGCGUUCAAGGUUUAUUUCAAGCAGCAGCAAUACCUGAGACAAGCUCACCGCAAGAUCCUGGACUUCCCGGAGCAGGAGGAGGCCUGAGAGGAGGAAGAGGAGGAGGAGGAGCAGGAGGCCUGAGAGGAGGAGGAGCAGGAGCAGGAGGAGGCCUGAUGAGCUGGAGGAGGAGGAGGAGGCCUGAGAGGAGGAGGAAGAAGAGCAGGAGUAGACCUGAGAGGAGGAGCAGGAGGAGGAAGGACGGACUCUAGGGAGGAGGAAGAGCCGCUGAAACGGACUCAGAAUCAGCGUCACACACACACACACACACACACACACACACACACACACACACACACACACACACACACACACACACACACACACACACACACACACACACACACACACACACACACACACACUCUCCUCUCUUCUCCUGGAGAAACAUUCAGAUAAACGAUUCCCCUUCACCUAAAACUCCAGCCGCUUGUGUGGCGACGGAUCAGAGAACAGAAACAGAAACAGACUGGAGCAUGUUUGCAGUUAGUGUGCAGUUACACACACUUACACACAAAAAAAACACACACACACACCCCCCCACCCCCCCAGAACUGGAUGUGCUUCUAUCAUGUAACUAAUACUUUAAUGUCAAAUUAACGUAUUUUAAGAAAACCGUACGGGGCAUGUGUAGUAAGAAGGUUUUAUAAAAAACACAAAACAAUAAGAUUGUUUUUAUAAUGUUUAUUUCACCGGUUGGAGCAGGUGUCGGUACUGACCCAUGAACUCGGGUCAGAGUGUGGAAUGUAUCACCGAUAAAACCGGGAAAUGUAACGAAGAAGAAGAAGUCACUCGAUCCCAUACUAAAGUUCAGACCUACACUGCAAAAACUUGAAAUUUAACAAGAAUAUUUAUCUUAUUUCUAGUUAAAAUUUCUCAUUUUUAGUCAAAAAAAUCUCAUUACACUUAAAACCAGAGUCAUUACUGGGAAAAAACAACAAUUUUCACCUGUUUCAAGUAGAUUUUCACUUGAAAUAAGUAGAAAAAUCUGCCAGUGGAACAAGAUUUUUUUGCUUGUAAUGAGAAGAUAAAUCUUGUCCCACUGGCAGAUUUUUCUACUUUAUUUCAAGUGAAAAUGUACUUGAAACAGGUGAAAAUUGUCAAAUAGGUUAUUUUUUCUGGUAAUUACUUACUUUAAGUAGAUGUGAGAUGUGAGAUGUGAAAUGAGAUUUCUUUUUGACUAAAAUUGAGACAUUUUGUCUCAUUUUUAGUCAAAAACUAUUUCAUUACACUUAAAACCAGACUCAUCACUGGAAAAAACCAACAAUUUUCACUUAAAAUAAGUAGAAAAAUCUGCUAGUGGGACAAGAUUUUUUUUUGCUUGUAAUGAGAAGUGAAAAUUUCAAGUGAAAAUUUACUUGAAACAGCAGAAAAUUGCCAAAAAACAAGUUAUUUUUCUGGUAAUGACUCUUGUUUUAAGUGUAAUUAGAUUUUUUUUUGACUAAAAAUGAGACAUUUUAACUAGAAAUAAGACACAUAUUCCUGUUAAGAUGUUGAGUUUUUGCAGUGCAAUCCCCAUCAGACGUGUUUUAGGAGCUUUAUUGUUUAGUCUUUUUUUGUUCUCAAGCCUUCGGAAGUGUUGGUUUGGUUUCCACCAUCCCAGAACGCUCCCCAGCGCCGGAGAGACGACGUUUUCCUGACGUAGGACUGGUUUUCUCACCACACGCUGAUAGAAGACACAGACUGGUUGUUUUUGGUUUCCCCUGUUGGAGUUUUAUCGCCGCGCUGACACCGGCGCUGAGCAGAAACACCGGCGAGACGCAGCUCGACCUUCAGCCGGACGUUGGUGGAAAUUAAAGAGUCAGUUCAACCCAAAUAAGCCAUAAUCUUCCUGCUGAAAUAACUUACCCAUAACAGUCGGCACUGCAGAGCCAAGUGUGAUUUUAGUGCAUUGCAGCGUGGGAAGAUUCACCCACGAUAAGAAUGUUUAAGUAUUUUUUUUUUUAAUUACCGGUAAUUGGCACAAGCUGUUAAAAAGGAUUGUAGCUCCUAUAAUGUAAUUAUUUCCUGAAAAUGUUAUAAAAUUUGCACUUAACUCAAUCAGAAAUUUAAUAAAAUAUCCUGACUGAUAUUGUAAUAACAUUUUUACCGAUAAUGUAAUACCUUAUUACAUUAUUGGGAAUUUAUUACAUUUUCAGGGGGUCUCUUUUUUUUUUUCCAAAAUAAAUAAUGUAAUAUACAUGUUAAUUUUCAGUCCAGAGUUCUACAUUUUGUGUUUUAAGUAUCUAAGAAUGUUAUAUACGCUGGAUUUAAAACACCAGAAUGACUAUAGCACUGCAAAAACCCAAAAUCUUACCAGGAAUGUCUUAUUUCUAGUCAAAAAAUCCCAUUACACUUAAAACAAGAGUCAUUACCAGAAAAAUAACUUAUUUGACAAUUUUCACCUGUUUCAAGUAAAUUUUCACUUGAAAUAAGUAGAAAAAUCUGCCAGUGGAACAAGAUUUAUCUUCUCAUUACAAGCAAAAAAAUCUUGUUCCACUGGCAGAUUUUUCUAUUUAUUUUAAGUGAAAAUCUAUUUGAAAAAGGUGAAAAUAGUUUUUUCCAAUGAUGAGUCUUGUUUUAAGUGUAAUGAGAUUUUUUUUUUUAACUAAAAAUAAGAAAUAUUCCUGGUAAGAUUUGGGGUUUUUGCAGUGUAGGACGAGUACCAUGUAAUAAAAUCCCAAUAAGGUAUUACAUUAUCUGUAAAAAUAUUACAAUAUCUGUCAGGAUAUUUUAUUACAUUAUUGGGUUUUAUUACAUUUUCAAUUCAGUUAAGUGAAAAUUUUAUAACAUUUUCAGGAAAUUAUUACAUUACUGCUACAAGGAUUUGUGUGGAAAGAAUCCGAGUUUGUUCUUCAAGAGUCCGACUUGAGCCACAUGAAGUCGUCUGCAGGUGAGAAUGGUUUGAUUCAUGUACAAAUGUCUUGUUUUUGAGACGUAUAAAGAAGCCAACAGUAUCUGUAAAUGUGAGCGAGCUGUAAAACGCUUCAGACUUCCACCGUGUCAUGUUCUGUGAAUAAAUGUAUUUUUUUUUCCAAA